CUGUUGCGCCACGAUUGCCUCCAAUCACGGCACGCAUCGCUCACCUUCCUAUCGCAUGCACGAUCGCCCAAGUCUAGCCCAGUCCGCUCGUCCUUCGUUCAGAGAGGGCAGGCCGAACGUAGGCAAGGAGCGGCAGGCGACACUUGUAGUUGAUGUUGGUGAUCGUCGGAGCAGGAAGCUACAACUGAUGGCAACUGAGAUGUGGAGUGUUAGGUACAUUUGUCAUGUCCGUGGAUACAGCAAUCCAGAGCCAGAGAUGAUUGACAGGGAUUUCAUCAGUUAUUUUGAUAUAAAGGAGAGGACAAAGGAGUUGGGUUUCAACAAUUGGGACAACAUUUAUUAUCAGAAGAAAGGGCCCAAUGGAAACUCCAUGGUUGAGUUAACAGACGAUACAAGUGUUCUGAGAUGCUUGAGGAGGUUGAAGCUUAUAAGGAGAUUGAUUUGCAUGUUUUCAGGACCAAAACUCCAUCUACACUUCCAGUUUCCAAUAAUGGUGCAGAUUCUUACAAGCCAAUAGUUGUGGUGCCCAUUGAAGAGAAUACUGAAGAGGAGGGUCAAAAUGUGGAGUUACUUUCAGAUGUGGAGUACAAUGAUCCAGCGGAAUAUUGGAAGGAGUUAAAUGGGCAAGAUUAUGGAACUGACUCCAGUGAUGAAGAUUUUGAUGUUGUUGCUGAAACAAACAAGUUGAGAGCCAUGUAUGCUAAGAAGAAGGAGAAGGAAUUGGCAGAAAAAGGUGUAUAUUCAGAGGACGAAUUUGAAGAUUUAUUUGAUGUCACAGAAGGCUUAGAUGGCAUUGAUCUUGAUGAAAUUGCUCUUCCUCAAACACAAAUGGAGAAAGAGAUGAUUUUUGCAAAGGAAGAGGAAGCAAGACAGAAAAAGGAAAAGGCAGAUAAGAAGAUGGCAUUGGCAAAGAGAAGGGAGCAGAAGAAGAAAUUAGUUGAUGAUGACUUUGAGCUUUCAGAUCCUCCGAGUUCAGAUGGUGGAAAUGAUCCUUUAGGAGAAGAUACUGAUGAAAAUGAAGAUUCACGUUCGAUGGUUUUAUUACAAGGGAGAAAAAGGAGAAGGCCCAAGAGGUUGUUAGACCCGAGAAUGCAAUUUGAUGAUACUUACCUUAAUGAUGCUGAUAAGAUGCCGGAACAACUUGUCAAAGGGAUGUGUUUCAAAGAUGUCAAAGAGUUUAGGGCAGCACUUAAGUCAUUUCAUAUAUUGCAAGGAAGAAGCUUUGCUUUUCUGAAGAACAAGAUGGAAAAGGUGAAGGUGCGUUGCACAGAGCCAAAUUGCACCUUUUAUCUUUUUGCAUCAAGGAUAGCUGGUGAGCCCACUUUUAUGAUCAGAGAGGAUGUCGAGCCACACUCAUGUGGAAUUAAUAGAGAGGACACUAGGCUGAAUUCCAGAUGGAUAGCUUCUCAUUAUGAGGCUCAGUUCAGAGUUGAUCCCAAUUGGAAGCUUGAUGCUUUCAUGGGAGCUGUUAAGAGAGAUUUUAAUUUUUAAAUAACAAAGAGGAUGGCAUAUAGGGCUAAAUCUUAUGCCCAAAAGAAGGUUCUUGGGGAUGAAGACAAGCAGUAUCUUAGAAUUAGAGACUACUUGCAGACAUUGUUGAACAAAAAUCCUGGAAGCGUCGCUAUAGUUACCACUGAGCCAAAUCUCGAGCCACAUAUCAAUCCUAAUCCUAUGUUCAGUGGGCUGUUUGUGAGCUUUCAUGCACAGAUUCAAGGGUUUCUCUCCGGUUGUAGGCCAUUUAUUGGAUUAGAUGGUUGUUUUGUCAAGCUAGCUAAUGGUGCGCAAGUUUUAGCUGCUUCUGCAAGAGAUGGCAACAACAACAUGUUUCCUCUAGCUUUUGGAGUGGUUAACAUAGAGGACACUGACAAUUGGACAUGGUUUUUGCAAACACUGGAGUCAGCAAUUGGACAGGGCGAGCAACAUGGUGGAUGGACAAUCAUGUCAGAUAGGGAGAAGGGAUUACUUUCAGCAGUCACAAAGAUUUUUCCACAUUGCGAACAUAGAUUUUGCAAAAGACAUGUCCUUGCAAACUUCUCCAGAGCUGGAUUCAGAGGUGAAAUCUACAAGGAAUACUUUGAUAAGGUUGUUUAUGCAUGCACUUUGAGCGAGUACAAUAUUUCCAUGGACAACUUGAAGGCUUAUGAUGUAGAAGCUUGGAAGUGGGUUAGAUCAAUACCCAAGGAGCACAUUAGUAGGCAUGCAUUCAGAACAAGAUCCAAGACUGAUCUUGUUGUGAACAACCUCAGUGAGGUUUUCAACAAAUACAUCCUUGACUAUAGAGACAAGCCAAUUCGUACCAUGAUGGAGCUCAUCAGGACUAGAGUUAUGACUAGAUUUUGUUUGAAAAGAAAAGGAUGUGAGUCAGUGGGCUGGGAUAUCACACCUGUCAUGAGUGAGAAAUUAGAAUCAGCUAAGAGCAAAGCAAGGUAUUGCACAGCUCAUCAAUUUGGUGUUGGGCUUUGGCAAGUAAACUACACCGACAAGACCUAUGAAAUAAACCUGCUUAACAAGACUUGUGGUUGUUUCAGAUUUCAGUUGUGUGGUGUUCCUUGUGAACAUGCUUGUGCAGCUAUAUUUAGGGCUAAGGAAAGGCCUGAGAAUUAUGUUGAUGAUUUCUUCAAGUUGGAAACUUACAAGAAAGCAUAUGAACACAUGAUAUACCCUGUUCCACAUGAAUCUGAGUGGAUUAAGACAUCAAGUCCAGACAUUGAACCACCAGGUUACACUGUUCAACCAGGAAGGCCAAAUAAAAAUAGAAUAAAAGGGCCUGAGGAGAGUGGUCCUGCUUAUGCAAGAGCAAGAAAAGGAACAGUGCAGUGCGGAAAUUGCAAGGAACUUGGUCACAAUGUCAAGGGCUGCGACAAGCCACUAAGAGCAUAUCUUGCUCUUAGGGUUAGAAAACAUGUGCCUUUGGCAACAAGAACACAGGGGAGCAAUGCCAAUCCACCACCUGCACCUAAUCCAGAACCUAGAGGUACUCCAACAGCGGGUGCAACAACAACUAGUAGCGUGAGAGGAAAAGUAGCUGCAAAGAAGCCUAGAAGUUCAGCACCGGCAGCACGUACGACUACUCCCACUGCUGCUCCAACAGAAUCUAGUAGGGGGAGAGGAAGAGGAGCAUCCAAAGCAUCUAAAGGUACUCCUAAAACAUCAACUGGUAAGGGGAGAGGAAGAGGAGCACCUAAAGCAUCUGCAGCUAAAUUCCAGGUCCAAGAAUCACAGGCAUCAUCAUCAAGUGCUGCUGCAGUUGGGAGAGGAAGAGGGUCGGCUGGAAGUGGAAGGGCGGCUACAGUUCAACCUGGUUAUGUACAAAACAGAGCUUACGGAAGAAGUUCAAGUGGCAGAAUGCACUCCUGGUUCACCAUUGGUGCUAGUGCAGCUGCUAGAGAUGAUGGUGCUAGAGAGGAAUAGCAAUUAUCUCAUUUUCUAGCUUAUAUAGUUGAAAACUCAUGUCUCAUGUUUUGCUUUUGAACUCCCGCCAUGUUUUGCUUUUUAUCUCUGUGUCGUGUUGAACUCAUGUGUCAUGUUAUCAUGUUCCAAGAACUCAUGUGUCAUGGUGAACUCAUAUGCAGAGUUGAAAUUGAUGAUGUUUACCUUUGUGUAAUGGAUCAGGAAAAUGAAUGUGGACAAAAGG